CAUCGUAUUCUCUUCUCCUUCUCUCUCUCUCUCUCCCCCUCUCUCCCCCCCUCUCUCUCUCAAGGUUGGUUGUUCUGCAAGGAAGAGAAGAUGGACAGAGGAUCAGUUGUUUUGGUCGUCUUAUUGAAUCUUGCUCUGUUAUUUCACGACAUUGAAUCAAAGCAGGCUCCAAGCUUCGAACACUUCCCGGGGAUUCUCGCUCCCAGUUCUCUUCGCUCCUCCGUCGUCUUCCCUCUCUCCGGCAAUGUCUUCCCUCUCGGGUACUACUCGGUCUCUCUCCGAAUAGGAAACCCUCCUAAGGCCUUUGAUUUCGACGUUGAUACCGGCAGUGACCUGGCUUGGGUUCAAUGCGAUGCUCCUUGCUCCGGCUGCACCCUUCCUCGUGAGCGUCAGUACAAGCCCAUGAGAAACAUGGUCCAGUGCUCAGACCCUUUGUGCUUAGCUCUUCACUUCCCUAACAAACCCAAAUGCCUGAAACCGACAGAUCAGUGUGACUAUGAGGUUAGUUAUGCUGAUCAAGGCUCAUCCAUGGGUGUUCUCGUGAUCGAUCAAAUUCCCUUCACCCUCCUAAACGGUUCCGCCUCGUCGGUCCGUCUAGCUUUCGGGUGUGGUUAUGACCAGCAAGUUCCCGGUCCACACCCACCGCCCGCUACUGCUGGCGUUUUGGGGAUCGGUAGAGGGAUAAUCAGCUUCUUGACGCAGCUUGUAACCGCGGGGUUAACAAAAAACGUGAUGGGUCAUUGCUUGAGCCAUAAAGGUGGAGGCUUUUUGUUCUUCGGAGACAAUCCCAUCCCUUCUUCGGGAGUUGCCUGGGCGAAGUUGUCAAAAGACGGACACUACUCAGUGGGAUCAGCCGAGCUUUUGUUCAACGGGAAGUCAACCGGCGAAAAAGGCCUUGACUUGAUCUUUGACAGUGGCAGUUCCUACACAUACUUCAACAGCAAGACAUAUCAGACAAUAGUGAAUCUGAUAACAAACGAUCUGAAAGGGAAGCCACUGAAGGAUGCCAAGGAGGAUAGGACCUUACCAAUCUGCUGGAAAGGCGCUAAGCCCUUCAAAUCUGUUCUUGAUGCCAAGAGCUUCUUCAAGACCUUGACCAUUAGCUUUUCAGGUUGGAUCAGAAAAACACAGUUCCAGAUUCAGCCCGAAUCUUAUCUCAUAGUCACGACGGGAAACGUUUGUCUAGGAAUACUGAAUGGAAGCGAAGUAGGAUUGCAAAACGCUAACGUAAUCGGAGACAUCUUUAUGCAAGGGACCAUGGUGAUAUACGACAACGAGAAGCAACAGCUCGGAUGGGUUUCCGCGGAUUGCGAUAAGCAUCCGAGGCUAUCAUGAUUCAUGAGCCACCAUUCUUAGUCUCUAUUGAUAUUACAACACCAAAUAUAACUAUCCCUAUGUUGUUUUAUUUACUCUAUAAAUGAAACAUUUGA